GUUUUGUAACUGGUGGAGGAAGGAAGGAUCCCUCUCCAGCGUUUCUGAUGUGACAGCUUUGGUUUCUGAGGAGUUAACUGGUGUUUGCAUGAUACACCUAUUGCUAGUCUGGUAGCAGACUUUUCAUUGCUUUAUUUGCUUUUUUUAUUAACUGGGGCUGGAGGAGAGGGUUAUCUUGGCCAGAAGAAUAUUUGCACAUAUAUAUAUUGUAUAUAUUUUUGGUGGGGUUCUCCCCACAUUUUAUUCUCUCUUGAUGACUCCUGGAGGUGGUAGUGGGCCCAUGAAAGACUGUGAAUACAGUCAGAUCAGCACACACAGCUCUUCGUCUCCCAUGGAGUCUCCCCAUAAGAAAAAGAAAUCAGUUCCUAAGAGAAAAUGGGAGGUUUUUCCUGGAAGAAACAAGUUCUUCUGCAAUGGGAGGAUCAUGAUGGCUCGACAGACUGGAGUCUUCUACCUGACUCUUGUUCUCAUCUUGGUCACCAGUGGACUCUUCUUUGCAUUUGAUUGUCCGUAUUUGUCAGAGAAGAUUACACCUGCUAUACCUGCAAUUGGUGGGAUCCUUUUCUUUUUCGUGAUGGGGACCCUGCUGCGCACUAGUUUCAGUGAUCCUGGUGUCCUCCCCCGCGCAACACCAGAUGAAGCAGCAGAUCUAGAGAGACAAAUAGAUAUAGCAAAUGGGUCCAGUUCAGGAGGAUAUCGCCCCCCUCCCAGAACAAAAGAAGUGAUCAUCAAUGGACAGACAGUGAAACUAAAAUAUUGUUUUACUUGCAAGAUUUUCCGCCCACCUCGUGCCUCACAUUGCAGCCUUUGUGAUAACUGCGUAGAACGGUUUGAUCACCACUGUCCCUGGGUAGGCAACUGUGUGGGGAAAAGAAACUACAGAUUUUUUUAUAUGUUUAUUUUAUCUCUGUCCUUUCUGACAGUCUUUAUAUUUGCAUUCGUUAUCACCCACGUCAUCCUUCGUUCUCAACAAACAGGGUUCCUCAAUGCCCUGAAGGACAGUCCUGCAAGUGUGCUGGAGGCUGUGGUGUGUUUUUUCUCAGUAUGGUCCAUUGUUGGCCUCUCAGGUUUUCAUACAUAUUUGAUCAGCUCCAAUCAAACAACAAAUGAAGAUAUUAAAGGAUCAUGGUCAAAUAAAAGAGGUAAAGAAAACUAUAAUCCAUACAGUUAUGGCAACAUCUUUACUAAUUGCUGUGCAGCACUCUGUGGGCCCCUCUCUCCAAGCUUAAUUGACAGAAGAGGAUUUAUACAACCAGAUACACCACAAUUAGCAGGACCAUCAAAUGGCAUUACUAUGUACGGGGCCACACAAUCUCAGAGCAACAUGUGUGACCAAGAUCAGUGCAUUCAGAGCACUAAAUUCGUUUUGCAGGCUGCUGCCACCCCCCUACUACAGAGUGAGCCAAGCAUAACUAGUGAAGAGCUAACUUUACCAGGAAAGACUUCUAUCAGUGGGCCUUGUGCAACUCUAACUCUAGGGCAACCAACACCACCAUCUUCUAUGCCAAAUCUCACAUCAGAUUCAGGUUUGACAGACAUCAUACCAUUAAAAGAGGAACACGACGGUCAUCAGUUUCUCACUCCUGAAGAAGCUCCAUCACCCCCUGGGAUGCUGCCAAGUGGAAGUCCUAUCACACACAGCCAUACAAUGCAUGUCCUGAGUCUUGCCAGCCAGGAUUCAUUGCAUGAAGACUCAGUACGUGGUCUCGUUAAGCUUAGCUCAGUUUGAACAGCUUUUUGAACACUGCACCAUUUCUUGGUGCCUAUACAGAUCUCCACUUAGCAGGAAAAAAAACUUCGUAACAUGCCUAUAAUGGAAACUUUACCACGUAAUGGAGUCUACUAAAAAGGCAAGUUAUUUUUUCAGUGGAGCUAUGGCAUUUUUUUGACCAGGUUGUUAAUGGUUGUGCUUUGAUGGUGACUGCAUUUUAUUUUUAAAUAAAACCAGAAAAGGUCAAUAAUCUUAUUUCCUGAGGCUUGGGUACAGCAAGUUGGAAGUCAGCCUGUAACAAACACCAUGUACAGUACAAAAGAGAAAGAUUCUUGGAUGUAAGUGUCAUGCUCUGUGUUCUAUGCUCUUGUAAUACACACUUGUUAAGGCUUACCACAAUUGUGGCCAGAAUGAUCUGCACUUACAUGUUAUGCUACCAAUAUUUGAGAUGAUAGAAAAUUACCAUUCCAUUUGUUAAUACAAAAAACAAAGACUGCAGAUGUGGAUUUGCAUGCCACUCUACAGUAUGUGUUACAGUGGUGUUGGUAUUAAGAGAAAGUGCUGCUUUUUUAUUUGUGACUUUCAAAGUGCUGUUUCAUUUAAAGACAGUACAACAAAUUAAUGGACUAUAUUAUUUUUUCAAUUUAUAAAAGUUUAUUUAAAAUUAAUCAGUGGUGCCUAGAAGAUGAAGAAUUACUGAUUUGAUCAUGUUGCAUAUCAUUUAACCUUCUGUUUAAGUGUUUAGAGUGAGGUAUUGUGUUGUGCCAUACCACAAGAUUCUUCCACUCCCUAAUGUGAUACAAUUACCUGUGGACCUCCAAUAAAAUGACAUCCUCUAUUUCCUGGACAUGUGUACGGUUA